AUGCCUUAUAUAAAUCAAACCCAAUAUAUGGAUAUAGGUAGCUCUCUAUAUCAAAUUUCAGAAUCCACAACAGCUUCCUCUCUAGAAGAAGAAUAUAUAAACUUUUCUCAAAGUAACUCCAGUGACCAUUAUCGAUUUACAUCUCCUUCUGGACUCAAUAAAAUUGACCGAGUGAUCAUAUCAGUAUCAAAGCCAAAAAUAAUUGAUCGCACUUUAAAUAAGCACGCUAUCUAUACAGUUCAAGGUAUGGAUGCUAAAGGAAACUUUGAAAUUGAACGGAGAUAUAAAGAUUUCACAGCUCUUAGAAGUGUUUUAAUUCAACAUUGACCCGGAUGUUUUAUUCCUCAGCUUCCAUCAAAGCAGAUUCUUGGAAAUUUAGAUCCUGAUUUUAUUGAAGAAAGAAGAGCUAUUUUGGAUUUUUUCUUGAAGAGGACAUCAGGACUGUCCCCAAUUUAUAACUCUGAAGAGUUCCAACAAUUUAUUAGGAACCCAAAUGACUUUUACAGACUUGCUAGCGAAAUGAAAAGAAGGUCAUUUAAAGAUAUUGCUGAUAUUUAUCAAAAUGAAUUUCUUGAUUAUUAUAUUGAUCAGGAUUCCCAUGAUAAUGAACAAGUUAUUGAUAAUAGUUAUAGGGCAUUUAAAGCUUGCUUGGAACUUUUUGGACAAUUCGAAGAAGUUUGUAAAAGAAACCAAGAGUGCUACGAAAGAAAAAUGAGAGAAAGCGAAAGGCUUUUUAGAGAGCUGGGUGAAAUAAAUUUAAAAUAUGCCAAAUGUUUUGGGGUCAGAGAAAUAAGAUUUCAAAACUUAAGCAAGCCAGUAAAUCCUUAUAAAGGGCUUUUAGAUUGAAUAAAACUAGAAAUUUUAGAUUUAAACGCCAUGAUUGAAGCAAUAUUAAGAAGCUAUGAGUAUGAAAAGUUUUUAGAAAGAGCUGUAGAGAAGCUUCAUAACGAAAAAUCAAGCAUGCAGUCUUUUCAACAGAAUAAAAAAUCUUUUAUUAGCUUUAUAUCAAUGAAAAGCAAGGAGAAGAAAAUGUUUCACAUGGAAAAUAGCAUUCUUUACAGCGAAACUGAUGUGAACUCAUUGACGAUUAUAAGGAAAAUCCUAGUUUCCAAGCAAUCGAAAAAUGAUAUCCCUCUAUUUAAAAAUCAAAAAGCGAAAAAAUAUGAGCUAUCUCUGUGCAAGUUUUUCAGUUCUUGCAUAAAAGAUCAUCUUCAGCUUGAAGAUUUUUUGAAAUCUAUAUUGCAAUCAUUAAAUUAA